AUGACCCGUUCAACAUCUUCACUUGGUCUUUCAAGGAAUAAUCGAAAGCCUACAAAACCUUUAAAAUCUUCAGUUACAUCAACUCCUUCAAGGUGUCACAGUCCAAAAGCUUUAAAAUCUCCUACUAUCUCUCUUUAUAAUUUAACUCCUAUAGAUCGUGAUUUAAAUGAUAUACUUCGAAAUUUAGUUGAUGAAUUAUGUGAAAUUUUUGUUAAAGCUAGACAAGAUGGAAAAAAUGAAGCUCAAACUGUUGAUGUUAUCGUAAAUUUUUCUACUUUAAAAAAUCAAGAUCUUUCACAAAUUUUUGAUUGGCUUUUAAAUAAUACUCAUAAAGAUAAAUAUAAAACUCUUUUGGGAUAUUUUUAUGAUCAAGGUAUAGCAACAAAAAGGAAUCAAAGAAAAGCUUAUUGUUUAUAUUUAUCAGCUGGAAAAAAAGGUUUCCACGCAGAAAAUUAUGGAUUCUAA